AUGUCAGCUUCAGUUGGAGGUAUGCGGCUUCUCCUCUAUAUCCAGAAAACGGCUAAAAAUCAGUCAGUAAAUACAGUGGGUAGAGACCUGUGGGUUCUUGUUCUGGGAAGGUUUCCAACCCACCAUAAGAUUGGCAUUCCAGAGUUCAAGUAUGUUGCUAAUAUGCAUGGGGAUGAGACUGUUGGGAGAGAAAUCCUGCUCCAUUUGAUAGACUUCCUGGUGACCAGCUAUAGACGUGACCCAAUUAUUACCCGGUUACUCAAUAAUACCCGGAUUCAUAUCAUGCCAACGAUGAAUCCUGAUGGAUUUGAAGCUACAAAAGUACCUGAUUGUUAUUACACACAAGGAAGGUACAAUAAGAACGGAGAAGACCUGAACAGAAAUUUUCCUGAUGCCUUUGAAGAUAACAACGUUAGCAUUCAGCCAGAGACUCAAGCAGUAAUGAACUGGAUAAAAAAUGAAACGUUUGUUCUUUCGGCAAACUUGCACGGGGGUGCCCUGGUUGCCAGUUACACCUUUGAUAAUGGUAACUCAGUUACCGGCUCUUUGAAAGGCUAUAGCAGGUCUCCAGAUGAUGAUGUCUUUAUUCAUCUGGCAAAAACCUAUUCUUUCAACCAUGCCACCAUGUACAAAGGGACUGGGUGUGACAACAGACAACCCUUUCCAGAAGGCAUCACCAACGGGUAUUCUUGGUACCAGCUGGAAGGUGGAAUGCAAGAUUACAACUAUGUCUGGGGACAAUGUUUUGAAAUUACAUUGGAGCUGUCAUGCUGUAAAUAUCCUCCAGCAGACCAGCUGGAAAAGUUCUGGAGAGACAACAAAGUUGCUCUGAUCGAAUAUAUAAAACAAGUACAUAUAGGUGUCAAGGGUCAAGUUACUGAUAAGAAUGGGAAUCCUAUUCCCAACGCCAUCGUGGAAGCCAAAGGAAGGCCUCACAUCUGCCCCUACAGAACAAACGAACAAGGGGAGUACUUUCUUCUCCUUUUGCCUGGGACCUACGUGAUCAAUGCUACUGUACCGGGAUUUAAACCGAUGCUGAAGACAGUGGAAAUACACGACAAUACCGGCAACUUCAGUGCUUUGAAACACGACUUCUCUUUCUCAGAAGUCUCUAUCAGAUCGCGAGCUGCUUCGUGUCCCAAAACUCCCCUCUACCAAGAGCUCGAACGGGCUUCAGCUGCAGUAAAACCAACUCUACACGUCUUGGUUUUAAUGACUGUUAUGCUUGUAAAUUUCAAAUAAAGUCAGGAAUGACAUGACGGGGUGAGGCAAAAUCUUCCCGCACAAAUGUGGCUUUUCAGACAAGGAAUUGUACAAAACAUAAAUUCUUUUGCAUCUACACCAAAUCCUCAGAUUUACAAUCAUGUUUACUGUAUUUUGUAAAAUACUGGCUUGACAAUCAAAUGUUUUACUUCUUUAAUUAUAAUAGACUAUCAAUCAUGUUUUACUCUAAAGAAAUUCUGUACAGCCUGUGGCGAUAACUGGAGAAUUUUGAUGCAGCGAGUACACAUACAUUCUGAAGAACCUGCCCGAGUUCAGAAAAAGUCUAGGGUUGUACUGCAAAGGUUUCAUGCCAACUCAGGUUCCCCGGCGAACCAACAGCUGACGUGCCACACAACUGUAAGCGGUUAGCUCAAUCCCCAUUUCUCAUAACAAAGCCACUGCUGUAAAUGA